CAGAGUCCAACCUCUACAUCGAUCUUGAUGAGUCAGAGUGGGUGAUACAUGGUUUUGGCAAAACUAUCAGAGAGAUUAUCGGCUCUAGUUUAAUGACACAAGAUUUUAAAAGUCUGCAAAAGUUAGGCAGAAAAAGAGAAUAUAUACUAAUAGACAAUAAAGAUGACACACACAAUGCUAUUGAGAUAGGCAGAGUUGUCAAGAAAUCUAGGAAAGAAAUAUGGGUUGAUAUAGGCACACCAACAAGUUCAGUAAAUGAUCAGAAAAAUAUUAGAAGAGUGCGGAAAAAUCUAAUAGUAGGAGCCCUGCCUAAGAAUCUAAUCAAAAAUGGAGAGAUAAUAAUAGACGAAGAGGAGAUGAUAUUCAGAAAAUCUAAAGAGGCAAGAGCAAAUAGAUUCCAAAAUGAAGAAAGGCUAGUAGGCAUCAAGACAAUUGACUCUCUUGAGAUAGAGCUAAUCAGAAAGCAGAUUGAGAAUCUAGAAAUAGCAGAUGAGUUAUGUAAAAAAGUGAUAAACAAUAUUAAUAGUAGAGAAGAAAAUUUU